GCUCUCCGUCCUCCGACAGGCGUGCCUGGUACGCCUCCUCCAAUUCCUCCGCCUUGCGCCGCUCUUCCUCCUUGCUUUCAUGGAGGGAUGUGAAGCAGAAGAGGUUGAGGACUAACAUGUAUUUUGUGAUUUUCAUCCUAAUGCAAUAAUUAUUGGGCAUCACUGAGGAGUAACGACAAUAGAGGCAUAAAGAGAUAGCGGAAACUAGGCACCAUGAAAUAUUUUAAGAGAUUUAUUUAUGUCAUCGAUGUGUGCAUGAGGGAUGAUUUUUUUCCUCCCGUUACAACGCACGGGCAUGUUUGCUAGUGAAUACAUAAAGAAGAGACAAGGUGUUGGCCUUAUCUGAAUACAUUUAUUUUAACAAAUGUGUGAUAUGCCAAUAAGUAACUCUCAAAACUAAAUUUGUUUGGUUGAUAAUUGACAUAGUUGAAUCUCUAUUAUUUUCGUUAAAACAGGAGCAACAUGAUUAUGUUGGACCUACUGUGGCAUGGAGGACCCUCCCGAGUCGCCCUCGCAGGCGACGGGAGAGAUCGCUAGCCAAGAGAUGAUUAUGUCCGGUAAAAAUGAAAGAUGAUGAGAUGACCCCAUCUAAAGAUCGAGACUGACAUAGAUCGAAUGUCUCAUCUACCCAUCCCCUCAGUACUUAUGUUUUCAGACAAGAGUAUAACCUAAUAGUUUUAAAGUGAGCGGCGCGUGAUGUCUCUGUGACAUGUAGUUCAGAGCUGGCCAAAUUUCUGAUGCUUUAACCAACAGUUCACCAAGGCACAAAAUUUUGACAUAUCCAACCUAAGUGGAGAUUGAUGAAACAACACCUUCCUAAUUGGCUACGGGUGGUUAGCGGACCGGGGUUGUGGCGGAGGGGUUGAAGCAGUGUGGUACAUCACCUACCCAGUCCGUCCACUGGUUGACGGUGAAGGCAUCUAUGGAUGUCAUGUUCCUCCCACUCAUUCUAUCUUAUUUCGGGUGAAAACUUGAUCUUCGGAUCGGACGGUAGCGACGUUCGUGGUCGUGCCCUUCCUGGAGGCAUCGUCCUGGAGAUCUCGGUCCGGCAUGGCCGUCGCACAUCUUCCAAGAUGAUCGCUCCUCGUGCUGGUGGUCUCCGUCGGCUCUAAGCAGAUCCCUUUUUUGCACAUCUUAUAGGUGCUUGCUAGUAGUUGAGGUUGUGUGUCGGUGCCCGGCAUUCGUGUAUCUUGCUUUGGGUGUGUGUGGUAUCCAUUUGUAUCGGUUGCUUCGAUGUAUGUGAUGGUUGUUUUACAAUAUAAACAGGGAAACUCUUUUUCUUUCGUUAAUUGGCUUUCUUAAAUGACGACGAAUAUACAAAUAUCAAUGACGAGAACAUUAUAGGGGAGGGCGUCGAAUCACCCCUUCACAAUUCUCGGAUUUGGUGUUUUUUUCACCACGAUAUAACUUCUUACUAAUAAAUAUUAGUAUUCCCUCCAUCUCGAAAUAUAUUUGCAAUCUAGAAAAUUUCCUCCAAAAAUAUUUUUAAAACAAAAAAAUUACUUUCCCACCACCUAAUUUAGGUGUACUUUUGUUUGCGCCAAUAUUUUUUAACCUCCCGCUAAAAGUCCCAAAUUGGUGUCUUUGUUCCCACCAAAAAAUUAGCAUCCCGCUAAAUGCCUUUAUAACAACCCACGAAUAUACAAUUGUAGAUCAAAUCACGGCGUCUUCACGGGCGAUUGGAUCUGAGCCCUCGUCUCUGUUCAUCUGUGCUGCCGGUGUCAUGACGGCGUUAACAGAGCGAACCACAACAGCUGCACGGCGUCAGGGCACAAUGAUGAAUUUUACGGAGGAUGCUCCUGUAAAGAAAGGCUAUGUUCUUUUAACAAGGAUGGAAAGUAUAACGGCAUACAAAAACCAACAUGGACAACCCAGAUCUGGAUGAAGCUGGUGGACAGAAGAAGAAAGGGCGAGGUGUUCUAAAAGGUUUUAAAGCAUCUAAGAAGCGUUUUGCCAAUGGAUCUGCAAAGCUAAAUAUUACAUUCUCUGAAAAAUUGGGUGGUACAGUAGGAAUGAACUAUUGUUCGUUCAAGGAUGACGUGGUAGUCAUAAUGAAAAUAAAGCUACCACUCAUUGGAGUGAGGACGUGGUCGGACAUUCACCCUACCAUUCAUCGACUCAUUGUUGCAGAUAUGAUAGACAGAUGGGACCUGGAAGAUACACCAGAAAUAGAAGAAAAAGUUCUCAAAAUUGCGAAAGAGCAAUAUAGAGGCUUGCGAUCAACUCUAAGCUCCACUUACAAGGCAUACAAAACAGAUACAGCUAGAUUGGCUAAUCUGCCGGAAGAUUUGCAACCAGAAGAGUGGGAAUGGAUGAUUGAGUACUUUGGCACUGAUUCAAAAUUUCAGGAUCGCAUCCAAACGAACGCUGAUAACCGUAAGAAACAGAAGACAAAACACAUAAUCGGAUCAAAAUCUUACUCGCAAGUUAGUUUUGAGAAGAGAAACUUGGAAACUGGAGAAGAGCCAGAUUGUAUUGCUCUGUGGGAACUCACCCACACGAAUGAUGGAACAUGGUCUAACACAGAUUCCCAGAAAGUUUACGACAAAGCACUUCAAGAGGUUAAAAUCAAAGAAACUGAAGGUCCACUUUCAAGUGAGCAGAAAAACAAUAUUUUCCAGACCUCUUACAAAGACACUCUGGAAUGCAAGUCAUCGCAGCCUCGUGGGUACGGAUACAUUGCCAAAACUUCAACUGGUUCUGAAAGGUUUCGUAUCCAGAUCGAAGAGCAAGCUCGUGCUACAGCAGCCACCUAGGAGCGAAACUCUCAGCUGAGCCAGUAGGUCAACGAAUUAGAAGAUCAACUACAAGCUGAACGAGCAAACACACAAGAGAGGAUUAACUUGGAGCGUGCUGAGAGAGAACAACUUGAGGAGAGGUUAUAAGAAGAGUGUGCUGAAAGGGAAAGAUUGUUGCAAGAGGAGCGAACAUCAAGACUGGAAUUUGAAAAAAACAUGAUGGCAAAGUUUGUAGUAUUGAGCCAACAGAUGGGAACCCAACAGGUGCCUACGAAGAGGGUUGACAAAGAAAAUAGUAAUUCAAACUUGCAAAAUAUUCUUUUACAGAGAUCUAGUCCUAAUAAGACUCCAGGUUCAAGGCCAACUACUAUUUCUUCAAAUGUGCUCAUACAAGCUGCAACAAGGCAUUCUUGAAUGUGUAAAGCAAUGGAUCCAAAGAACUAGCUGGACUGGACUCUAGAUCACGGGAAGUUUAGUCUUCGAAGUUAAUUAGGAUGGCUAAAUUACAUUUGAGUUUCAUUUGAUGGAUAUUUGCUAUGAGAAUUAUGAAUUUUGUGAAUCUGUCUAUUAUACGUAUGGUUUUGAAUAUUGUAAUCGAAAUCAUGUAUUUUUUUAUGGUU